GAUUUGUGUCUUUGCGACGUUUCUAAAAGGCGGAAGUGUUACCUCUGUUGGCGGCCGUUUCUCAAUAAUUACAUAUUUGAAAUGUCAAAUCAAAGUAACGUCACGUGACUUGACAGGUGAAAUAUUGGUGAGUGUCAGACUACCUUUUGUAACGAGUAUGAAAGCAAGCGCAACGUGGCAUUUUUUGCAGAUUUCUUUCAAACUUCAAGCUACGGAGACGGGCUAAUGUAGCCCGUCGCUAGCGAAGCUACUUGGAAACAUGUUAUUGGCCAGCGACUUUGUAACUAGAUAAACUUGUGACGCUCACGUAUUCGGACUGUUAGUACAUUUAAAGCAAACAAUGUGGCUCCAGCAACGACUGAAGGGGCUACCCGGCUUGCUAUCAAGCAGCUGGGCAAGAAGACUUCUCAUCGGACUGCUGAUCUUCCUCAUUUUCUACUGGUAUCUUGGAGCAGAGCGCAGGUGGACGAUCUUUAGUGGCUCGCGUGUGCCGGGUGGGGUGGUUGGACAGUGUCUCCAGGCGGAAAUCCAUAGAUGGAAGUCUCUUGUGGACCGCGGGGAGGGUUUAUACAGCACAUCUCAGGAAAAACUUGACACACCCUUUGUAUCAGGUAACGGUCAUAUCCUCAUUGACACGGACUCGAACAAACUCUGGGUGGCGUCGUCUUCACAGCCUGGUUCGGCUCCAGUCCAUCAGACAGAAUAUUCUCCCAUUGUGGACAUUCGUCUCGAAGGGAAGCAGGCUGAAGCGCGGGCAGCCAUGAUGUGGUUCCGAAAAGGAUCUGUGCUGUCAGUUCGUUGCGCCUCACCUGAGGCCGCGCAGUCUUUCCGGGACUGCGUCACCAUCAGAGAGGAGUUUCUCACCCACAGGAGUCGACACAAUGUCUAUCUUCAGAGAAUCCACGUCAACAACCCUUCCGACAAAGUCGCCACCUUUGAGGUCUCCUACAACGACGUCAACUCUGGUGGCAAAUUCUCCACCAGCAUGGACAAGGUAGAGGACAGAGCGAUCGUGCUCUCAUCAGGCAGAGUCCCUUUAGAGAAGAACCGAAUGAUGGUGGUGGUGGUUGUCACGAAAAAGAUCAGCAGAUUCCAGGUUUUUCAGAAAUCCGAAUACACUGAAAAUAUCUUGUCUGUUGUGAGAACUUCUGAGCCCAUCGAGCCGUCCAAGCUGGAGGAGACAUUUGCUAGCCUUCGGGAUGGAGCCAAGAAAGAGCUGGGAGAGCUGUUGAGGUCCAGUGUGGACGAUCUGGUCAGAGAUCACCAGCAGGCCUGGAUGGACCUCUUCAUUUCAGGCGUCGAAAUGAGAAAGAUCACGGACUCGCACACGCCAUCGAGCCGCACGGUGAAUGCCACCCUCUACUACAUCCUGUCCUCCACGACGGCUCCCUUGUUGGAGCGCAGGCUGAGUGGUGAGGAGCGCGCCCGCCUAGAGUCCAGCCUCAACUACGCCGACCACUGCUUCAGCGGCCAUGCCACCAUGCACGCCGAGAACCUGUGGCCCGAAAGGGUGAGCAGUACGGCGCAGAUACUGCAGCUGGUCACGCUUUGGACCCUGACUCUCCAGAAGAGAGGCUGCAAGGUGCUGGUAGCGGCCGGCGCCCACGGAGCCAUGCAGGGCAUGGCGCUCAGCUUCGGCGGACUCCAGUUUACCGAGAACCACCUCCAGUUCCAGGCCGACCCGGACGUGCUGCACAACAGCUACGCCCUGAGGGGGAUCCACUACAAUCAGGACGUCAUCAACCUGGCGGUGCUGCUUGACGCUGAGGGCAAGCCUUUCCUCCACGUGUCCGUCAAGCCGCAGGAGAAACCCGUCAAGCUGUACGCGUGCGAGGCCGGCUGCCUUAACGAGCCCGUGGAGUUGACGUCAGAGGUCAAAGGUCAUACCUUCCCGGUCAUGGUGACCCAGCCCAUCACCCCGAUGCUUUACAUUUCCACCGACCUGCGCCACCUGCAGGACCUGCGCCACACGCUGCACCUCAAGGCCAUCCUGGACCAUGAGGAGCACAUGGCCAACAGGUACCCGGGCCUGCCCUUCAUCUUCUGGUUCAGUGUGGCCUCGCUCAUCACACUCUUUCACCUUUUCCUCUUCAAACUCAUUUACAAUGAGUACUGUGGCCCUGGUGCCAAGCCCCUCUUCAGAAGCAAAGUAUAAUAGCACAGAACUGCGAGAUUAAUGAUUGCAAAUUGAUCUUUUGUGUGUGUGUGUGGGGGGGGGGGGGCACAGAUUUCCAGGUGUUGAAUUCAUGUGGCACAGUUUCAUCACCAGUAUGACAGUAACAAAUGCUUACCUUCAUUCCACUGCAGCACAACUUAACCAUUCUGGUUAGUUAGCAGUUGUGGUAUAGAAAUGAAAGAUGAUCUAAGCAGCACAAGGUCUUGGAUGAGAACAUGUUAUAAAUUUUUUGAAUUAAAGAUUUUAUUUUAUGGGCAAAAGAAAAUCAUGAAGUGUAUUUAAUUGGGUCGUCCAUUGUGCAUUCUCAAAAGGCCAAUCAAUGUUUUUCUGAAUUUGCAUGUGUGAUGCGUUGUGAAAAUCAUAGUUGGUCUACUUGAAGCAUGCAAAUUGUUGAACAAAAAUGCCCAUUGCAUUCAAAAGAUGAGAACAGCAGUGAGCCCAAACUAGCUGGAAUCAGUUGUCGAAACAAACCGGUCAGUAUCUGCAGCUAAAAAAAAGCAGCAUUCUAGAAAAGGAUGUCCUGGGAGUGUUAGUCUGCGGGCUUCAUAUCAGUGUACUGAAGUCAAAGCCCAAUACAAUUAUUUUUUGUUCUCAGCAAGAUCCUGAGGAGCAGGAUUCCAAUAAACUUGUGCAGUCAAGAUUAUCUAACUCAAUAAACCUUCAUGAAUAAAUACAUCAACCAUCCAUGUGAACAAACAAUCAAUUUCUAUAAUUGUUCAAAUGAAGUGCUUUAAAUGGUCUUGAAAUAAGGUCGGAUAGUGUCCUUGCUUGUUGAUAUGCCAACAAAUGAAAGCCAACUAGGGGAGCAUUCUUUUGACCCAGGUAACUGCGUGGAGUAUGCAAUGUCAUAUGUGGAGGUUAAUGUUUGUCAAUGUCAACUGGUUCCAACUUCCGCACAUCCUCAGAAUUGCUGAGCGCCUGCUGAUACUUUGCCACACGUCUCUGGAUUUCUUUCUUUGCUGUGUGUUGAUGUUUUACAAGGAAUCAUUCAAUUAAAUUAAAAUGAAAUGA